CCGAGCUCAGAUCGCAUAGCAACACUGAUGAACCACAAGCAAACGGGCUGCUGAAGAGUCGGUUAUUGUAUCCAGCCACUGUUUUCUACACUCCUGGGCUGAAAUUUGCGAUCUUUGGCGUGCCAAUAACACUUUUGACAACGUCUGGGACAAACCAACACGAUAAAGAACGUUUUCUACCGACUUUAAAUUUUAACGUUUAUCCAGAAGACCGCAAACAAUAUGUCGACGACAGACGAGCCCGAACAGCAACCUCCAGUCGAAGAGGCAAAGCCAGAAACCCCUAAAAUUGCUAGUCCUGUGGGAACUCCUGUUGCUGUAGCUACACCCCGCGGAUCUGUGAGUUCUGCUCAAAAUGUGAAUCUAAACCUAAACCCUAAAGAGGCAGAAUUUACGAAUGCAAAAGCGUUUCUCCUGACAGCAAGCACCAAAACAAAUAUUAAUUUAUAUGAUCACCUUAGCAAAGUUAUUUCAAACAUUUUAGAUGGAAGACCUGCAAAUGCAGUUGACAUUUUUGAAGAUAUAAGCAAAGAUUGCAAAAGAGAUAAAUUUAUAUCAAAAGUUGAUACAAUCCAGGAUAAAGUAGACCGUUCCACUGAAGUUGAACUUGCUGAAGUGCAGAAACCAUUGUUUGAGAAAAAUACUGAUGAAGGAGCUGAUAUUGAAGUAGAGGAAGAUAAUGAGAGCCCAUUACCAAACCUGCCAGAACUUAUGUACAACUUUGAACAAGCUGAUGUUGGUGUUAGCAGAGAAGAGAUGGUGCGAAUCUACUUGGCACUGAAAAAUCUAGUUGACAACCACCCACUACAAAGUUGUAGGUUCUGGGGUAAAAUAAUUGGAACAGAAAAAAAUUACAUCAUUGCAGAAGUUGAGUAUAGGGAAGGUGAAGAAGAGGAGGAAGAUGAAGAAGAGGAAGCAGAAGCAGAAGAGCAGACAGAAAAAGAAGAUGAUGAAGCAGGCGAGGAAGGAGAAGAAGCAGAGGAGGAUGAUACCCCCAAACCAGACUGGAAACCACCACCAGUUAUCCCACGAGAAGAGAAUCGUACAGGCGCUAACAAGAAGACGUACUUUGUGACAAUUGAACCUGGAAAGAUGUGGACGAAGCUGCCCCCUGUUACACCUCAACAGAUCUCUGUAGCCAGACAAAUCAAGAAAUUCUUUACUGGUAGAUUGGAUUCUCCAGUUAUUAGUUAUCCUCCAUUCCCCGGUAAUGAAGCCAACUACUUACGUGCACAGAUUGCUCGUAUUUCAGCUGGCACACACAUUAGCCCCCUUGGAUUCUACCAGUUUGAUGAGGAAGAGGAAGAAGAAGAAGAUUCUGAAGGCCGUGACUCAUUCGUAGAGAAUCCAGACUUUGAAGGAAUUCCAGUUCGGGAAUUAGUUGAUCCCUCUCUGUCAAAUUGGGUGCACCAUGUACAACAUAUCCUACCACAGGGUCGCUGUUCAUGGUACAACCCAGUGCAGCAGCAAGAGGAUGAGUUUGAGGAUGAGGAAGAAGAUGAGGAGAGGGAAGAGCCAGAUGAGCCAGAACCAGAAACAGGACCACCACUUCUGACCCCUCUGUCUGAAGAUGCUGAAAUUGACAACUUGCCACCAUGGUCAGCUAAGCUCUCUUCCAACCUUGUUCCUCAGUAUGCCAUUUCAGUCCUUCACUCAAAUCUUUGGCCUGGUGCACAUGCGUUUGGCACUGAAAAGAAAUUUGAAAAUGUGUACAUUGGUUGGGGACACAAAUACCUACAAGAUAACUACAGUCCACCACAACUACCACCAGCAAUGGAAGAAUUCCCAAGUGGCCCAGAAAUCACUGAAGCAGAAGAUCCAACUGUGGAAGAGGAGGCAGCAUUGAGAGCCGCACAACAGGAAGCGCAAGAGAAUGCAGAAGAGAUGGAAGAUGUUGAUGAAGAUGAGGAUGAAGAAGAUGUUUAAAUGCCCCCCCCCCUUAAAAAAAAAGAAAUAUGAACUUGACUCUAUUUUCUAUUUGUACAAGCAUUCCACUCUCGUUAAUAACUACAAUGUCUCUGUAUUUUGAGAGAAAACUGAAAGUGUGUAAAUACAACAUAUUUCAUUUAUGCAUUUUACUAUUAUGAUGAAUAUUGGUGAUUCAUUUUUAUUGCUUACAUACUCCUGUAAAAGUCUAUUAUGAAUUAUUAAGUGCAGUCAACAUUUUUGUAAAUACAUCUAGUUCACAAAAGUUAAAAUUGAGUUGUAGACUGAACUUUUCACUCUAAUUCUAGUUCAUGUUUUUUUGUAAUAUUUUUUAUGUAUUAUGCGACACUGUUUAAUAAUAAAGGUUUGAUAUGUUGACUG